UGUUGGCAACCGUAGAUGGAGUAAUGUCAUCAUCUGCAAUCAAGCCACGUCUGUGUUGAUAUUCCUGUAUUUUUUAAAUUUAAUAAAUUUAUGAUCUUUAAAGUUGCUUUUUACACAGUAUUAAUAUUGAGGCAGUGGUUUUAGAAUUAUCCAAGAAUGCCGCUUCGUUUGGAUAUAAAAAGGAAGCUGACCGCUCGUUCGGAUCGCGUCAAGUGUGUGGAUUUGCAUCCCACUGAGCCAUGGAUGUUGGCAUCUCUCUACAACGGCAAUGUGCAUGUCUGGAACCAUGAGAGUCAACAGCUUGUCAAAUCUUUUGAGGUUUGCGAUGUACCGGUGAGAGCGGCCGUUUUUGUGCCUCGCAAAAACUGGAUCGUGACAGGCUCGGAUGACAUGCAGGUGCGUGUUUUCAACUACAAUACCCUGGAACGCACACAUGCCUUCGAGGCCCACUCAGACUAUGUGCGCUGCAUCAUUGUGCACCCCGUUCAGCCUUACAUAUUGACUAGCAGCGAUGAUAUGCUGAUCAAACUAUGGAAUUGGGACAAACAGUGGGCCUGUCAACAAGUCUUUGAAGGUCACACUCACUACGUCAUGCAAAUCGUCGUCAACCCAAAGGACAACAAUACAUUUGCCAGCGCUUCUCUCGAUAGAACUGUCAAGGUUUGGCAACUGGGAUCUCCCACUCCUAACUUCACCCUUGAAGGGCAUGAGAAAGGCGUGAACUGUGUGGACUACUACCACGGAGGUGACAAGCCCUACCUCAUCUCUGGUGCUGACGAUCGCAUGGUCAAAAUCUGGGACUACCAGAACAAGACCUGUGUGCAGACUCUCGAAGGCCAUGCUCAAAAUAUAUCUGCAGUUAGUUUCCAUCCUGAGCUGCCGAUAGUUCUGACCGGCUCAGAAGACGGCACGGUGCGUAUUUGGCACUCGGGCACCUACAGGCUGGAGUCCUCGCUGAAUUAUGGCCUCGAAAGAGUGUGGACCAUUUGCUGCAUGCGAGGAUCCAACAAUGUUGCUCUUGGCUACGACGAAGGCAGCAUAAUGGUGAAAGUGGGUCGCGAGGAGCCGGCCAUCUCGAUGGACGUGAAUGGUGAGAAGAUAGUGUGGGCGCGCCACUCGGAGAUACAGCAGGUCAACCUCAAGGCCAUGCCGGAGGGCGUCGAAAUCAAAGAUGGCGAACGACUGCCGGUCGCCGUCAAGGAUAUGGGCAGCUGUGAAAUAUAUCCGCAGACCAUCGCUCAUAAUCCCAACGGCAGAUUCCUAGUCGUUUGUGGAGAUGGGGAGUACAUAAUUCACACAUCAAUGGUGCUAAGAAAUAAGGCGUUUGGCUCAGCUCAAGAGUUCAUCUGGGGCCAGGACUCGUCCGAGUAUGCUAUCAGAGAAGGAACAUCCACUGUCAAAGUAUUCAAAAACUUCAAGGAAAAGAAAUCAUUCAAGCCAGAAUUUGGUGCUGAGAGCAUAUUCGGCGGCUACCUGCUGGGAGUUUGCUCGUUGUCUGGACUGGCGCUGUACGACUGGGAGACCCUGGAGCUGGUGCGUCGCAUCGAGAUCCAGCCAAAGCACGUGUACUGGUCGGAGAGUGGGGAGCUGGUGGCGCUGGCCACUGAUGACUCCUACUUCGUGCUCCGCUACGACGCACAGGCCGUGCUCGCUGCACGCGACGCCGGUGACGACGCUGUCACGCCGGAUGGCGUCGAGGAUGCAUUCGAGGUAAACGCUGUCUCAUUUAAACUGCAUAAUUUACUGUUGUCAGUAUUAGAAUACCAGACUGGUAUGAGGUCUGACUUUGAGACAGCCGAUAGAGUAUUGCCCACUGUACCAGCUCAGUACAGGACAAGAGUUGCACACUUCCUCGAAAAACAGGGCUUCAAGCAGCAGGCGCUAGCUGUGUCGACAGACGCCGAGCACCGGUUCGAGCUAGCUCUUCAGCUGGGCGAGCUGGCGGUGGCACUAGGGCUGGCCAAGGAGGCCGCCAGCCAGCAGAAGUGGCGCCAGCUGGCCGAGCUGGCCACUGCUAAGGGCGAGCUCACACUCGCGCAGGAGUGUCUGCACCAGGCGCAGGACUAUGGCGGCCUGUUGCUGUUGGCCACCUCGUCAGGCAACGCUGAGAUGGUUCAAAAAUUGGGUGAAAGUGCCGACGCAAAUGGAAAGAACAACGUGGCUUUUCUCUCCUACAUGCUUCUCGGUGAUCUGGAGAAGUGCCUGGAUAUUCUUAUCACCACCGAUCGAUUGCCUGAGGCUGCUUUCUUUGCCAGGACAUACCUGCCAAGCCACAUCUCGCGAGUGGUGGGUCUUUGGAGAGAGUCGCUGUCGAAAACAAGCGAGAAGGCUGGCCAAUCACUGGCCGAUCCCAAAGAGUACGACAAUCUGUUUCCCGGGCUGACCGAUGCGCUCAAAACUGAAAAGUACCUGCAACCUGAGAGGGUCAGGCUGCUACCGGCGGCCGCUUAUCCCAACAUUCCAGCGAACCACGUUCGUAAUCCUAUUGAAGAAAUGAAAGCAGCUGAAGCCAGUGGAAGAUUCAGCUAUGACUCCUCCAGUAAUCAGUAUGCCGAUGAGUUUGUUCUGGGUGAACAAGUAAAAGAUGUUUCAGUGCCUCAAUUAGAGUCCCCCCCUCCCGCCAGCUUAUCGGAACCUGCCUCCUCAUUUUCAGCGUCGCAGUCACUUCAACCUCCCACCCCCACCCCCACCCCCUCGGCCCAGCUGAUCCGUGAGGAGGGGAAGGGAGGAGUUGCCCCCAAACCGCAGCCGGCUCCCCCUGCACCCGACGAUGAGGAUGAUGAUCUGGAUUUGGAGCUUGAGAAUAUGAACCUCGAUGAUAUUGAUCCUUCUGAUUUAAACUUGGAGGAGGAUCUUUUAACAGAUUAAAUUAUUUAUUCAUCUGGAAGGACAAUUCCAUCAGUUAGCACUUGUUGAUUUUUUAUAAAAUAUCUUUUACAUCAUUAGUUAUCUAUCAUCUUGCUUUGCUAAAUAUUAUCAUUAGAAUGUAUCAUACAUUAUAUAUUAUAUAAUUUAAAUGUUGUAAAAGAAAUUUAUAUGUCACUGUAGUGUUGGAUUCAUUUACAUGUAAAACCUAAGUCAUUAAAGGUGGAGGAAUUUUUGUAUCAGA